ACUAACUUGUCUUCUUAGUUUCUUUCUCACUUUCUAACUAUAAACACCAUUCAUUGUAGUGGUGACAGUGUUGUAUUGAGAGGUUGACACUUUUUCUUUAUUUUUUCAACCAUGGAUAAUAACCGGUUUUCAUCGCAGAAACACUCUACCAAGAGUGGUUAUGAGCCGUCAGACACAGAGACAGAGUGGCAAGAGGUUCCGAGACAUGAACGAGAAAGAAAGAACAUUGCUUUGGAUUCUGAAGAUGCAAAAGCUUUCACUCUAAUUGCCAAGAGUCCAUUGGCACUACACAGGAGGCACCAAUACAACCAUUCCAAGUUCGAAACUGAAACCUCAUCAGCCACCACAACAAUAGCUUCUGUUCCAAGCCAACCUCGGAGAAGACAACACCAUAGCAAGUCACCCUUUAAGCUUCGAGUAGCUGGCGAUGAUGAUGGCGAUGAUACUGAUGAUCAUGGUCCCCCACCAUCACCCAUAAGAGGUUUGAACACAAGGAGAAAUAUAAGCCCUUUGCCAAAACCAGAUGUUGGGAGAACCGUGUCUCCUUACAGCAGAAAGCAUCACGGUUCUUCAGGUCAUGUUGAAGUGGAAAGAGUGGUUGAUAAGUCAAACUAUAAAAGAUCAGUGACAGCACCAAGGUUGAGGGAACAGCAGAGAAGAACUACGUCUCCAAUGGCCAGAGGCAUGGUUCUCAAUGCACCUUCAGUGGCAGAGAUCAAUGAAAUCAUAGCAGAGGUGAAACUAUCCAAUGACCCUAGCACUUUGGAUGAGUCAAUGACUUCCACCACUGAGUCUAUUCAACCGGGUGAUCUUUUCUUCUCACGAGAAAGCAGUGCCUUGCAAGGCAAGAAACCUUCGCUGUUGCCCCAAAAACUUCAACAAUAUGGAUAUUAUAGUCCAAGUCCUGCAGGAACCGCCAUGAGUCCCCACAUUAGAGGUCUCCCUGCUUCUUCCGUUGAGGAUGAAAGCAACGGAAAUGGCAUGAACAUCCGAGGAAUCGCCUCAUCCGGUGUGUCUCGAUCAAGUUCAGCUGUUACAAGCAGAAAGGGCGGUAGCAGUAUGACGAGCGAUGGUAGUGUGAAGACAACUGAUAGCAUGAGGAAAUUCACAGCCAACAGGAAGAAGAGCCAGAAGGAUGCAUCAUGGUUUGCUUGCAUGAGGACAGGAAACUGCAGGACAUCGAUGAAAUCGCCGGAGCGUAAAAGGCCAAUUGAGACUUCUUUCAUUGGCAGGGCUAUUGUGGUGGAAAGCCUCCCACAAUUCUGGGCUGAUAAGCACCAACCUGCUUCACUUAAUGGCUUCAUUUGCAACAAACAAGAAGCUCAACUUCUCAAGGAAUUAGUUUCUCAGGGCUCUUGCCCUCAUAUUCUGCUCAAAGGACCCUCCGGUUCUGGGAAAAGAGAACUAGCAAUGGCUCUUCUACGCGAAAUAUAUGGUGAUGCAUGCUGCAAUAUGUCCCAUGAGUUAAGGAGCUUCCCUAUUCAGGACAAGAGGCCUAUCAAAGUAUGUGUUUCAAUAGCAUCUAGUGCACAUCACAUGGAGCUCAAUGUAAGCAUGGAACCAAAUGCUAAAUAUGCUUUGCUGGGAUUAAUCAAAGAAAUUAGCAAUAUAUAUGCAAUGACACCCGAAGUCAGUAAUGUUAAUUUCAAGCCUGAUUAUAAAGUAAUACUUCUUUAUGGCGUUGAUAAAGCAGUGGAGAACAUCCAGCACAUGAUUAAAUGGAUUAUAGACCGGUAUUCGGAUAUAUGUAAACUAGUUCUCUGCUGUGAAGAUGAUGCAGCCAUUGUUGAGCCUGUUAAAAACCGUUUUAAAAUUAUCAAAGUUGAUGCACCUCAAACUCACCAAAUUGCUGAAGUUCUUAUUCAUAUAGCAAAGAAAGAGGAAAUUGAUGUGUCCCUUAAUUUUGCCGCAAAGAUUGCCAUAAAAUCAAAGCAAAACCUGAGGAAAGCUAUCAUGGCACUCGAAGCUUGCAAGGCGCACAACUAUCCAUUUUCAGAAGAACAACCUAUUCCAAUUGGAUGGGAGGACAUGGUAAUAGAAGUAGCUGCAGAGAUUCUAGCUGAUCCAUCAUUUUCACGGCAAGAAAUUCUCCUGAAAAGAAUUGAGGUCAGCUUAAAAAGAGAAGUUUACUAUUGGCAUGCUUAUUAUGUGAGUUUCUCCUUCCAUGACCAUGCCAUUUUCCUUUCUUUCUUUUAAAUUAGUAACCAAAUUAAAGACUAUACAUAUGUAUUGUAUAUGAUUAACAGGAAAGAAGACUGCCACCCGGAACAACAGCUUUACUAAAGUUAGAAGAAUUUGUGGCCAAGUUCAUGAGCAUAUACAGAAAAAGCUGCGGUACUCAACAAUAUGUGUAGGUUAACAUGGAUGUCGUUCAGCUAAGAGUGCUGAAAAUCAUAUGAUCAGCAGUAACUAAUGCUUGCUUGUUUCUGCUGGAAUCACUCAGCAUACAAGAACGGAAAGUGUUGCUGAGAUAAGACAGAUACACAGAGACACAGAGACACGAAUAUCAAUUGAAAUCAGUUUCUGCAUCUUAUGUUAUUUAACACAUACAAUAAUUCAACACUUAUCAUCGAGUAUCGCGUUGUGCUAUUAGCCUAUUAUGCAGGCGCAAUAUGUUCCAGUAUAUUGUUGAUUACAUAUAAUUAAUUGAGUUAGCCGCCAUGUGAAGCAUCUGGUAUAUUAUUAAUUAAUUAAUUGAUUAAUGCAGCAAGUUCCCGAUCGAUAUGUUCCAUAUAUGAAAUCCAAAAGGAAUUGCAUCGAGUCGUCCAGAAUGUUUUAAUGUUUUAAGGGAAUGUCUUUGAUGGAAAAAGAAUAAUUAAGAGUUU